CUCCGAGUCUCGUUCUACUAUUAGAAUGCGCGUCCAUAAAUUAAUUAAAGUAUAAGAUAAGAUUGCACAUAGCAGUAUAUCACCGAUUCUCCUUUGCGAUUCCAUUGCAGCAAACUCCACCAUCUUCCAUGGCUUACGUUGAAGGAGGUGUUGUCAGAUCAAAGCGAACAAUAUGGCGGCUUAAGACAAUCACUGAUUUUUUCAUGUCCAUUGUCAAUAUCAUAGGCAUCUUUUUUGCAACAAUGUUCUCGAUGGAAAAGUCAGAUGCCUACAGGAAAGGUGCAGCUAAGAAACGAGAUGGUGGUUCUGGAGGCCCUGGAGGAGGAGGCGGCGGUGGCGGGGGUGGGGGACCAUAUGGUGGCGGACCACGCGGCCCUCCUCGUGGUGGCCUUGACAAUGUUCGUGGGCUAGAUAGUAUUAGGGGACGUGACCAUAGUUCACUUCCUGCUUGUGGCUCCUGCUGUGGUUGAAAGUUCCCUUCUGUGUAUUUGUCAAUAUCUGUAUCUGGUGUUGAACUGUUUCAUAUGCAAAUUUCGGUACGACUUUCAAGCUUUAUGUGUGCUCGAAGGUUGAAAUUGCAAAAAAGUGAAUAGUACUGUGUGAAUGUUGAUAGUUUUCAAAUGAGGUAUUACUAAUUACUAACUA